AUGUACGUUGGUCACUUUGCCGGCGGCGUCCUCAUCAAGGCGCUGUGCCCCAACACGCCCUCGCUGCCCAUCAUCUUUGGCGUGGGAUGGCUGGACAUUAUCGACGGCGUGCUGGUGAUGCUGGGCAUCGACCACGUCCGGCCCAACCCCGCCGCGGGGCCGUACCUGUUCUUUGACCUGGUCUUUGUGGACUGGGACCACUCGCUGCUCAUGGCUGUCAUCUUGUCGGCAGUGUGGGCCGUCAUGAUGAAGAGCAAGUACGGCACGAGCGCGCCCGAGGGCCUCGCGCUCAUCUCGGCCCUGGCCGUCUUCUCCCACUGGCUCGGCGACGUCCCGUUCCACAACCUCGACCUGGCCGCGUACCCUUAUUCCGAGAAACAUUUCGGCUGGGGAUGGUGGGGCCGCUUCCUCACCAUGUCGUGGGUGUACGAGGGCGUGUUCAGUGCCGUCUGCCUCGGUCUCGCUGCGUUCAUCUUCUCGCGCCGUAGCGUCGACAUCAAGUGGACGCUUCUCGUGCACGGCGCCUUGUUCCUCAACCUCUCGCCCUGGCUCAGUCCCAUGAAGUUUGUGGCGACGCUCGGCCACCCGACGGAUUACUUGGUCCACGGCGCGCUGGUCACGGUCGGAUUCGUCGCGCCGGGAUACAUCCUCUGCCGGCUGCUGGACAAGAGCGAGGAAGAGGGACUCAAGAGGACCCUUGCCAAGACCCAACCUCCUACCAUCGCUACCGACUACGGUUCGCUCGAGUAA